UUACUAUCGGAGGUUUAUCCAAGGAUUUUCCAAAUUAGCAUUGCCGUUGACUCAGUUGACUAGGAAGAGUCAAGCUUUUGUUUGGGAUGAUAAGUGUGAGGAGAGUUUCCAAGAGUUGAACCAAAAUGCUAUAAUGAACCAAAAUAUCCAAGUUCCGGCUCCCUACCUCAUUAGAGGAUAUUAACUAGAUGAUCAAUAAUAUCAUUUAAUUUCAUAUGUUCAGGAUGCAUUCUCUAAAAGUUUGAAUGUCUUUAAGGAUAUUUAUAAAGAUUAUUAUCUUAUCAGUUCGCUUUGAUUUAUUUAAUUGCAGUUCGAUUGCCAUUUCAAGUUCACCAUGGUUGGCAAAUUAAAAAAUCAAUGUUAUACGGGGAUACAAUAUAUAGGGGAGGUUGAAGUAGAUAAAUCCUUUGUUGCUGCUACUAAAUGUCAAUUGAGCUAUUUUAAGGAACUUUAUUAUCAAUGUUCACGACACCAGAGCCUUUUGACUGUGGAAUCUAUUGUUCAACAUCCCGCUGAUGGGACUGACUUACUUGUAUGUGAAGUGGUCCAAACUUUAAAUGAUUAUUUUGAGGAGCAGAAACUUGAUGGGGCAGAAGUGACUGAAACUCAGUGGUGGGAACAUAUCUCUGAGAAAUUUCGAAGAAUUUUUAGAGAUGUGAUUCAAGGGAUGAUGUUCUUAUACUCAGCAACUGAUUAUGAUUGUGGGGACUUGUCAUUCAAUGUGUUUGUUACAAAAAGUGGCAGAGGGAAGAUUUUGCCAAGCAUGGUUAAGAGAACUGGAACGAAACAAACUGUAGAUCAUAUCAAAAUACUCAAAGAUUUAAUGAAGACAGUCAUUGCUUUUCCAUUCAGUGGCAUUACAGAAAGUUUGGAGCUCCCACUUGAACUACGAAGGUUUUUGGAUUUUGAACAUUCGAGAUGUUUCAGUCCGGCUUGGUUUGUGAUUAAUUGUCCCUUUUUCUGGACCGUGGAAGAACGGAUCCAGUUUGCGCAUGAGCUAAAGAUGUUGAUCAAGCUUAAUCUGAAGUUUAGAUAUACGAUUGAAGCAUGUCUUGAGGAUGCAAAUUUGUUUUCUAAUUGGAAUGAUGUUGUUGUUGAUGGCAUUUAUAAGAAGAUACUGGACUAUCAUGGACCAACAACCUCAAAUGCUGAAGAUGAUGAUGCAGAUGAAUCAGCAGCACAUGCAAAAUCCAAAGGUAUGACAUUACUAACUUUCUGCAAUAAAAUUCUGAACACACCUCAUGUUACAAAGUUUUGCGUUAAUAACAAACUGCUGCAUAGGAUCUAUAGGUUUAUUUUAAUCUUCAUUCCCAGGGGUCCUUAAUUUCUUUCUAAGUAACAUGCUUAUGAGAU